AUGGACCAACGGGGAAGAAAAAAUGGUCCGUACCAUGGGAGAGAUGGGGGGAGAUGGAGAGCUCAUGGGGGGACUCGGAGGCGUACUGUACUCGCAACUUUACCUCCACCGCUGGGUGAAAUCGUUGCAACAAUUCAACUUGAGGACAUUGAUGAUUCCGAGAGCCAAGGGGAUAAAAGGGCCCAAAUUACGAACAGCCAGUAUCUGACAUCCUAUAAUUGGAUCACUGGAGCAGAUCAUCAUAUCGUCGUUCCAGGUGAACCGCCGGCUUGGACGCCUCUUCCUGAACAUAUCCAGCUGCGAGAGGAUUCCGGCCAAUAUUAUCAUGACGCUAACGCUGCGCGAUACCCCACCUACCCCCUCGAACCGAUGAUCCAAGCAAUACUGACGGAAAGACCCGAGUUCCCCCUAAGCAAGGUUGAUAUAAUCGGCUGCGGGAGUACAUUGGGCAAUCUAUUACGCUUUGCGCGUGGCAAGGCCCCAUCUUUCCGGAUGCUUGUAGAAGUAGUCGGCAACACAGUCUUCUUCAUCAGAAGGGAAAAUUCGCCUAAUGAAACCAUUCCGGAUGUCCGGGGUUACGGGCAUACAUUUCCGGAGGCCUACACUACGUGGAGUGCCGGCGUCCGAGGGUCCGAGUCCCAUCAGCGGUUGGUCAAUUACGAUUUCGCAGGCAUGAAAUGUGUAGUGCGCUUUGAGGUGGAUGGCUUCCUACCUGAUUUGAUCCCCGAAGACUUAAAGGUCCAGAAAAAUCACCCUUCUGAGACUGGCGAUGUUAAAGUAGACGAUAUUCUGUCGUCUAUUCAAGGGGUGGUGAUUUCAAGUGUGCGCUCAGCCUCUAAAGAUGCCACAGUAAAGGCACUCAAGGUCUCAAAGAGAGGUCACUAUAUCCCCCAACAGGCGGUUUUCGACCUAAAAACGCGAUCUGUCAAGAGAAUGAACGUGCAAACGCUUGAAGAAGAGCUGCCACGGCUAUGGAUCCGGCAAAUCCCUAAUUUUGUUCUCGCGUAUCACACGUUCGGGAAGUUCAACGACAUUCGGGUUCAGGACGUGCGUGAAGAAUUGAAGCUGUGGGAAGCAUCUCAACAGCCAUCUUUGGCCAGAUUUGCAAGCUUGUUGCACAUGGUAGUAUCCUUUGCUCGUAGUGUGGAUAAUGGCAAGUUUGAAAUCGAGCAUGAGGAGGGCGAGAAGAUCCUAAAUAUCCGUGAACCAGGUGGAAUUGUCAAGAGUGUCUUGCCAACGACCCUAGCAAGCAAGUGGGAUUUUGAGGAUAUGUCCGAGGUAAACUCUUGA